CCCUCCCUCUCCCCGGGCUCUCCCUGGGUACCGCUGGAGUUAGGGAUCAGAGGUGUGGGAGGUGACACCAGGCACCAACCUGCCUGCCUGCCUUGCCUGUGCCGCUGUAGCCACCUGCCUGCCCCUUGCAGCCCCCGCUCGCCCCGCCGUUCGCUCGCUCGCUCCCUCAGUCUCCGCCUCAGCUAUGCGGUCCCGGGCACAAGCGCUCGACCUUUACAUGCGAUUCGGAUGCAUAGUCACCCUCGGAUGGGCAGAGUUGAACACCGAGUGCUACACUGCCAAUGGUGCCGACUAUCGAGGCUGCCAAAAUCGAACGUCGGACCAAGGAGGAAAACCCUGCUUGUUUUGGAGUGAAACCUUCCAACAUCCGUACAACACCCUCAAGUACCCCAAUGAGGAAGGAGGCCUCGGCAAUCAUAACUAUUGCAGGAACCCUGACAAUGACGUGAGGCCAUGGUGCUACAUUGCUGAGCAUGAAGAUGGCGUGUACUGGAAAUACUGCGACAUAUCGACAUGUCACAUGCCCGGCUACCUCGGAUGCUUUAAAGACAAUGGUGACCCCCCACCAUUAUCAGGGAGCAGUGAGACAUCGAACAAACUGACCAUCCAGACCUGCAUUAAGUUCUGCAGGAAUAAGAGGUUUAAGCUCGCUGGCAUGGAGUCAGGCUAUGCAUGUUUCUGUGGGAACGAUGCUGAUUACUGGAGACAUGGGGAGGCGAAGAGCACAGAAUGUAACCACGUGUGCUUUGGUGAUCACACUCAGCCCUGUGGAGGAGAUGGCAGGAUAAACAUCUUUGACGCAAUGAUUGGGGCCUGCGGUGGGAAUUAUUCAAUGGAUGCUGGGAUCAUUUACUCUCCUGAUUUCCCUGACAACUAUGCGAGUGGCAGAGUGUGUUACUGGACCAUUCAGGUGCCAGGUGCUUCUCUCAUUCAAUUUGACUUCACCUUAUUUGACAUCAGGGACUCGAGUGACAUGGUGGAGUUUCUGGAUGGAAGCAGCAACAAUGUUCUCGCCAGGUUCGAUGGGAGAAACCGGCCUCAUGACAGUCUGAAUGUGUCGGCCAGCUUUGUGAUUCUGUACUUUUACUCGGACCGGGUUAACCAGGCUGAAGGCUUUGCUGUCCUGUACAAAGCCAUUAAAGACGAGCCCCAAACGCAGCCUCCAGUGAACAAGAACGAUCUAAAUAUGUCUGACGUGUUAAUCGAGAAGGUGGGCUCUGGGACCAAUGUGGCACGGUCUUCAAAGAUUCUCUACUUCAUCACAGCGAGUCCCAGCCAACCAAACCAGAACAUGCCAGUGUGGACUAUCUAUGCCUUGGCAGGCCUAUUGACAUUGACUGUGAUAGCAAUGGUUUCAAAGAUUCUCCUCCAUCUAACAAUAAAGUCUCGAAGAAUUCCUGCACAAAACAGUUCAGAGAACUGCAACCAGCAAUCCCCUUCUGAACCCUGGGUCAUUACCUACAAACCUUCAAAUUCUGUUUUUAAGAAAAAACUGAAGGAUCAACAUGGAGAUCGAAGUCCACUGGUGGGUGACUAAACUACUGCAGCCACAAAGACCAAGCACCACAAGAACUAUCACCACUCGUCCUCGAUAUGAAAACUCCUUUAAAUUAUCUUUCAGUUGCAACAUACAGCACUUUGAUACCUCAGUGUGAAGGUGACUUUAAGAUCACUGUAUUGAGUACUUCACAAUGAACGCAGGGAUUAUAGCAUGUCAUUACAGCCACCAUCAGACCAGUUGGCGAGAGUCUCCAAAGCAAGUGUCCGAUAAAAGUACACAAGAUUGGCAACUUUAGUACAAGGAUGUUCUUACAGGUCAACAAGCAGGAAGCUGCCAAUCAGUACGGCAUCAGCCUUUAUUUGCCCGAAACUACUGGGCUCCAAAAAAGGAGACUAAUUUCGUCUGGCUCUCAGAAUCUUGGAAUCUGAUAGAAAUGUGUAUCAUGUCAAUUUUCUGAAUUCUCCAUCCAAUCGGUGUGAGGAGUGUUCAGCCCUUCCAACCAUGCUCUGUUUACUGCUCAACUCUACGGGUGAUUUCUUAACAGUUGCAGCAGAUUGAAAUGCUUUCACACCAAUCCUGCUCUUAAACUCUCGACUUAACCUACAAUCAAGUUGUGUGGAAAGACAGUAAGUUUUCUGACUGUGAGUAAAAGCCGGAGAAAUUGGCCAUCCCAUUUUAGCCUGCCGAGCCUUUGUAUCAUGGGGCUGAGAUGAUGAUAAGAGAUCACAGAAAGGAUCCAGGACUGCGUUCUACUCUGUAAAUCCAUAACAGCAAUUCACGCAAAAUAAAGAUCCUAAGGGAUGGGCUUUGUGCAAAAAAUAGUUCCCGGUUUAUGAAAGAUGGCAGUUUGCGAAAGAUUGGCUGUGAGCUGGUAAUGGAUCAGUUUUGUUGGGAGUCCCAGCGUACGACCAAGCUGAAAGCCUGCACAGGUCUCUCCUGCCUUUUCACAAAACCUUAAAUCCAAACUAUGAUGUGCUGUGUGUAUGCAUAAUUCUAUUUGUAUUUAUUUAUAUUACCUCUGCUCUCUACCACUGAUGAACGCCUCACCUUUCACCUUUGCCUGGUGUACCUGGUGCCCAGUUCACGGUUGUGAAUGGCCUCACUCAGGGCACUGGGUUGACAUCCCCUUGGUACAUAUGCAAAGCAUGUAUCAGUUGUUCAGCACCUGUUCCAUUCAUUCCUUCACCAUUGGAUGAGAUUGGGAACUCCUUCUACAACGAAUAUUGAUGGAAAAUCUGCACCUUUACCUCUAUGUCAAAGCACUUAUGUAACCAAACCACUGAGACAGAAAAGGACUUUGCAUUGAGUUUUGUUGAUUGCAAACAUUAGUAAAUGAGGCAGAUGAUCUAUUGCUCAGGGAGGCAUGAAUAAACCAUAAUCCUAAAAGGAUCUGUACAAUCGGCAGUUCUUGGAGAGCCCAGAGAGAGGAUGGAGGUUCCCAGAUCUAAAUCCCACCAGAAGCUUAUAUCACAAUAAAGUGACCGUUUGUUCUUCUGAUUAUGAAGACAGGCCCAUCAUACUCAAUUGCACUUGUUUCAUGCUUAUCAAGGGACACAUAAGGUUCACCUCUCUGGUCCAUAUAUUCCCAUUGCAGGCCAGCAACUGACUAACUUAACUAGAGGUUCCAAGGUUCAGAUACAUUUAUACCCCUAAUGUCAUCUUGAAUAGAAUUUCAGUGGGAGCUUGGUGCAAGUCAGGGUGUGUACAUGUUUGUUGUUGGUGAAGAAUGCUGCUCAUUGUGGGCGGGCUGGGUCAGUACAACACACCACACCAGAAUAGCACCUGAACGCAGAACAGAAUAGUGUCUCCUCACAUCUGAGGUAAAUGAAAGUAUUUGGAGCAUGAAAUUACAGCCUGCUACACCUUACAGACAGACCAAAGCUAAUAAACCUCAGGCUAAAUAACUCAGAUAUCUGCUACAAACAGUCAGCCUUUUCAACACAUCAAAGGCCUAAGGAAAUGUUGCUAGUCGCUAAAAGUCUCUCCUUUUGUUGUAUAUACUGUAUAUUGUGACAGGAUUAAGAAAAAUAUUGUUUUUACCUUGAAGUUACAUUAAUCAUAACACAAUGAAAUUGAGCAAGGAUGUAAUAAUUAUUUUAUGAGAAA